GCUGUGUCAAGUUUGUUGACAGAGUUUUAUAAAAUAUAUACAACAUAACAUUUCAUUUUAGCAAAUCUCAGAAAUUAGUUUCCAUUUCGGCCGUUCAGCAAUGUUUAAAUCGAAUAUUCAAAAUUUUUCAAUAGGAAGUAAAAAUCAGGAGCGAAAACUUUACAAUUAUACAGACAUUCCACAUCAUAUUAAUGCCGAAUUAUAUCCAAGAAAGCGGAAAACUGAACUUUAUUUCGAACCAUCACCUCAACUCGAAUAUCAAAGUCGAGAAGCCGAGCACCCAAAGAGGGCGUUGGAGAUCUUUAAAAAUGCUUUAACAAAUACGGCCAAGAGUAGUGGCCUUGCAAAUUCUACAAUAUCCCCACCUACAUCUUCGACAACACGUAUGGCUCGCGAUAGUUACUUUUCUUGACUUUUGUAAUUAAGUUUCAACUAUGGAGAUGCUCAAGGCAUUUUGUAAAUUUCAAGGACUAAGAUGAAGAUGUAUCAAAU